AUGGAGUCCCCCGCGUAUCCAGAAUCGCCGAUGGACCAGGAUGAUAUCCCGUAUCCUUGCAAGGGUUGUGGAGAGAUUCUAGAAGAGGGCAAAGCUUUCGAACUUGCGGGCAAUCGAUGGCACAUUGAAUGUUUUUGCUGCAGCACCUGCGGUACCCUUCUCGAUUCCGACGCACACCUGCUACUCCUGGGAGAUGGUUCGUUGAUUUGCAGCAACUGCACGUACAGCUGCAGUUCGUGUGGGAACAAGAUCGAAGACCUCGCCAUCUUGACGGGCGAGCAGGCUUUCUGCGCACAAUGCUUUCGAUGCCGGAACUGCAAGAGGAAGAUCGAAAACCUGCGCUAUGCUCGAACCUCGCAGGGUAUAUUCUGUAUGGACUGCCAUGAAUCCCUCAUGCAGCGUCGAAGAAAGAGGAAUCGGAAUGUAGCACCGUCGAGGAAGCAGACGCCGGCGAACAUGAAGCUAGACAAAUCACUCCCUUCCUUGCCCUCGGAGGACCCCGAACUGAUGCCUCGUGGCUCCGACGAGGCAGCUGCCGAUGCGUAUUCAGAUGCAACCCCCGAUACGACGUUGCGAGGAGCUGCGCCUGCGCUGGACGCAGGAAGGGGCAGAAGCGCUUCUGCUACCGGUGCGGCUGCAGAUAAUCAAGACAACCUAAUUCUCCCUUCGAGCACCUACCGAAGCAAUCGACACUCAGUCAUACCUCAACCGGAGGCAGAUGGCGGUGGUGAAUUCUUGAUCCCUGUUGCGUUCGACCCCUCCGAAGAACAGCGGUCUGCGCGCGGACAGUUACCUGCCACAACGUACGGGAAGUCGCCUCAUGGGUCGGAAAGCUCAUCUCCGCAUAUUGCGUACCAGGAAAAGGGCCGGGACCGCGGUGAUCUUGACGCGGCACGUUGGCGUCAGGAUGACCUCGCCAACGGCACAAACACCGCCAGAUCGGCUUCCGCUCGCAGUUCCAGGUCUGACCUGGGUCGUAAGGAGACCAGCACUUUCUCCACUCCCAGCCCCGAAAGCACCAAAUCGGCAACCGUCCAAAGAGAGGGUUUGGCCCCAGAGCUUCAGAGAACUGCCAGUGACAAUACCACCACACUUCCGACUCGGCCUUCGCAUGAGCUGCGUCGCUUGCACGAGACGACAGGAUCGGUAGACUCUGCCCAGUCGUUCUUGUCCUCCACGAGCGUGCAGCAUCCAAAACGGGCCGAUUCCCUGGAGAGCAGGCUGCAUCAACCAUCGAGGAAAGAGCCCGGAACGUCUCCUCGCCCGUCCUCUGUUACCCCCAGCGACCAGUGGAGCGAGCGAUCCACUGACAGGACCGGUGUGAGCAGAAGUACACCUCGGACUGGCGACUCCACGUGGACCCCACGCAGUGAAUUGAACGAUCAGGCUAAGCCCCCCGCGCGUCCUAACUCUAUCAGCACUCUCCAACAAGUAGAAUCCUACCGCCAAACUGACGGUGCGGGUUCUCCCUCGUUGCUGCGGUACAGCGGUGGCGGUGACUUCACCAUGGACGAAGAUAUGGCCCGUAUCAUGGGCUCGGACGAUGGCAACAAUGCACAGACGACGAUACCCGACCUGGCGAGCCCGUCUGUGAUUUCUCCUGAGAAUGCAGGACCCGAGGAAGUGACAUGGCUGCGUAAUGAGCUGCGCAAGGAACGGCAACGCGUGUCCGAUCGGGAACAGAAGAUCGCCGAGAUGGAGGCGAUGCUGAAUGCAAGUGCCGAUGUCAAGCAGGUUAACACUGAACUUCACGAGAAGCGCUCUACGAUGGUGGUCUUGGAUGCACAGAAGGAGAUUGCCAUGCGUGAACUCACCGUGCUGACCGAGCACCUCGAGGCUGAAAAACGUGGCAACGGUGGCUCGCUCGAUCUUGGGAAGCUGACCAACCAUGUCCUGCGGGAAUUUGUGGAAUCUAUACAGAAGCUGAAGGAUACCUUUACGCCACAGAUCGAAGAACUGGUGCAGAAACGUAACGAUGCUGCGGAGGAAUUGGCCAACCUGAACCGUAUGAAGGACAAGAGCUUCCAGGAAUUCGAGCAGUUGUCCUCCAAGAACGCUCAACUGGCAGAGCUGAACAACCAGCUGGUGCAUCAGAUCCAAGAGCUCUAUAAGGCCAACCCGACGGACGGUCGUGGGGCUAACGGUCUUGGUAUUUACUCUCAUGGCAAGGAGAAGUCCCUCUCCGCUAUUGAUGCUCUCAAGGCGGCCAACAGUGAUCUGGUUCCUACGGUGGCGACGACAAACAUCUCAGAGGAGGCUGAACCAGCUACAAUUGUUCCCGGUCCCCAAGUGGUUAGCAUCAGAAAGGGACAGCCUCGCAAGUUCAAUUGGAAAAAGGGCGGUCAGAACGUCGCCAAGGGCGUCACCAAGGGUCUCAAGGGUGCCUUCAUGUCGAGCGAAGCGACCCCCGCUGAGGGUAACCCGGGUCUGCCACGCUCCCAAACGCAGGAUCCAAGUCGCCCCGGAUUUGGCUUCUUCGGCAAUCAGCGGAGCAAACAAACAGGACUACGGAUGCCGCAAACCGACAGCGUCCCUGCUCUGGCUGAAACCCCUGCUCCUGGUGGCCUCUUCGGUACAGAUCUGGAACAACGCAUGGAGCAGGAGAAGAGCAUCAUCCCCGCCAUCAUUACUCGCUGUAUUCAGGAGGUCGAACUACGAGGUAUGGAUAUGGAAGGUAUCUACCGGAAGUCUGGCGCCAGCUCUGCAAUUCAGACUAUUCGGGAAGGCUUCGAGCGCUCUCCACAGGAUUACGAUAUUUCCGAUCCUGACCUCGAUAUUCAUGCUGUGACCUCUGCGUUGAAGCAGUACUUCCGCAAGCUGCCCAUGCCGCUCAUCACCUUUGACGUCUACGAGAAGAUCAUCGAUUCGGGCGAGAUCACUUCUCAACCCGCCCGGGUCGAACAUCUACAGAAGAAUCUGCGCGAGCUGCCGCGCGUUCACCAGGAUGUGCUCGAGUUCCUCGUGUUCCACUUGAAGCGCGUGGUCGAGCGCGAGAAGGAGAACCUGAUGACCAGCCAGAACAUCGCCGUGGUGUUUGCGCCAACCAUCAUGCGGCCCGAAAGUCUCGCACGUGAAAUGACUGAUGUGCAGAAGAAGAAUGAGGUCUUGAAAUUCUUGGUUGAGAACUGUCAGGAAAUCUUCAUGGGUUUGCAGGGUUAG